GUCACUAUUGAUGAACAUUGUUUUGGUUUGAGGGCAGUGGAAGUGAGGACAACAUCUUGCUGAGCGUUGAAUAGUUGUGUGGAGCUAUGGCGUCGACAGUUUAAAGCAAAUAUGUGUAAUAUGGCUGUGCAUCAAGAAUAAGCGGGUUUUAUUUUUUAUUUACAAUCUGUAUCGUGUGUUCUAUUUAAAUGCCCAAGUGCCUGAUGUAACUAUGUUCUGCGUUCUGUGAUUGUUUAUCGACACAGUUACACAUAACAUGAAGGCGUUAUAUUAGUGGCUAUCAAUUUUACUGUGGCAGGGUAGUAGUAAUGAAGAUGAGCCCAGGAUAUUGCGCUCAAGCGAAUGUAUGUAGCCCGAGGGGGGCAUUAAUUUUUUGUUUUGUUUGGGAAUAAGGGAGGAUGGAACUAAAAGUUUGGGUGGAAGGCAUUCAGCGCAUAGUUUGUGGCGUCACUGACAGCACGACUUGUCAGGAUGUUGUUUAUGCGCUGGCACAUGCCACAGGGAAGACUGGUCGGUUCACUCUGAUUGAAAGGUGGAGAAAUGUUGAUAGACUUCUUGCACCACAUGAACAUCCACUUGAGAUCUUGACAAAAUGGGGAGAGUAUUCAAAUGAUGUGCAGUUCAUUCUGGAACGUUCAAAGUUGGAGGGACCAAGAAUAAGUGGACAGCAACAAGUCCGUCAAAAACCAGUGGAUCCCCUACGAGGUCUAGUUACGACAGCUACAUCACCAUCUUUGGGGCUUAACGAAUCACCCGACUGGCGUACAAAUUCACCACAUGUGCCAGAUCGGAGUAAAGACAUUAGGAAAUCACUGACAUUCAGUGGUGGCCAUCAUGGACAUGUGCUGACAGAAAUAAGACGGGGUGACAAUGUAGGUAUAGUUAAAGGUGUACCUCAAGUGAAACAACCACUGGAGGUACGAGAUAACCAAGAUUUGCCUAAUAAGGCAUUAGAUAAUGGUUCUCCUAGUCAGACCGUGAACUCUUCUAAUUCUGAUGGCACUGCCUCACCUUUCGGUUACCGCAGUACUGGACAGGGAAGACGUGACGCUCCUCCUCCACCAUACAGAGAACCACCCAGACCUUCAUCUCCACCUCAACGCUGCCUUCCGCCAUAUCGUGACCCACCUCCUCCGGUACAUACUCCACGAAAUGGGCCUUCACCGAGCCGAGAGACAGCAGUUUCACCUCCGCCAUCAGCUAGCCGUAGUAAACCAAAGAAGAAUCUGCUCAAGGAUUUUCAGCAGUCUGUGGAGGGGAAUGGCGAUUGCCAUCAAGAGUCUGUUCUUUACAAUGCCCAGUACAGAGAUCUGAUGAGGCUUGUCAAUUACCAGAGAGAAAAACUUGCUGCCCAGCAGGCAGAAAUUGCAAAGUAUGAUGCUGAAAUAUCAUUUUGGGAAGGUAAAACACGAGAACACCAACAACAGAUGGAGUUCCUUUCACAGGAAAUAGCAAGAUAUGAAGCAGCAGCUCGCGUAAGUGAAGAACAAUUACGGCAGUUGGUGAAUGUAGAAGAAGAGAGUGAGAUUGUGCGUCAGCAAGAGAAGACUUUGAAAUCUGAACUCACAUUGUUACGUUCAAAACUUGCAAACUGUGAGACUGAAUUGCUUCAGUGCAAAAACAAAAUAAGGCUGUUGCUAGAGGAAUUGCAAUUGGAGCAAAGAUAUGUGCUGCGGGAAUAUGAAGAUAGACAGUCUCUGGAGCGAUCAUUGUUGGGAGAGAUGGAGCGUUUGCAACGGGAGGUGGAACAAGCACGUCAGAAUGCUGAGAUGUCUGCUCUUUGUGCUGAGAAUUUGAAGAGAGAGGUCUCAGCCCUUGAAUCUGCAAUCGCUGACAAGAAACGUCAGGUGGAGCAUCUUGUCACAGAAAUGAAAGAAGCUAAUUUGCAAAGCCUUGCUAUAGCUCCUGCAGAUGAAAUAAAACACUUGUUAGAAGGUCCCCAUAAACCAGGAAGCACUCGCAAGAUGAUUGGUUCUCCCAGACAACUAGAAAAUGCUGUUCCUACAAGUAAAAAUCCCCAUGGUGUGUGGGUGUAAUGGUUUACAUGUUCACAUGUACCAGAUUGUGCAUAUCUGAAAAGUACUUUACCAUAGUUGUGUAUUUAAUGAAUGAAGCUGUAUGUAAUUUUUUUUAAUGUUUGUGUAUUUAAUGAUAAAAAAGUCAUAAUUUUCACCAGUCUUUCAGCCAACACACAUCUUUUUCCAGUAAACACUGAAGAACCAAAGUAGAAAACUUUUAUUUUUAAAAUAAUUUUUGUGGUUCUGUUUAAGAUGAUUUCUAUUUGUAUGCUUGAAAUUUUGGCAAAUACAAGUGUAUUUUCUAGUAAGGCAAAAAUAGAAACUGAAUUCUUCACUUGCUGUCUGUUACUUGUAACUCUGAUAUUUAGAAUUACAUUGUUUUCAUGUUGAUAAAAUCAAGUAGACUUACAAAGUUAAUAUCAACCACUGUGGGUGUUAUCUGCAUUAAGGCAUGGGUCAAGAACCUUCAAAACUGUCAGCAAAAUUUAUAUUCUCUUAAGCAUUUCUUACAUUAAAUGCAGAGUAAAUUUUGAAAAAUGACACGUUUCAUUGAUCCAUACUGCAGACUGCUGUCAUCAGUGGUGUAUUUUUCUAUUUGACUGCUCAGUUAUGUGUCUUGAGUUUAAACAUAGAGAUUUAAUCCUCAAUUCUAUUGGUUUUGCACCUACUUUUGCAAUAUUCCAUUUACAAAAAUAUACUGCAUGUAAUAUUAUUGCAUUGCACUCUAUUGAUGAGUACAGGCUUUGUGAGUAAUAUAUUUUGCACUUAGUAUGUGAAAUUGCUACAUCCCAAAAUUUAGAACUGGUAAAAAUAUACAAUUGCACAAGCAUUGACUGUACACAUAAUUUUGUGUGAUUUAUUUUUAAUUGACUGUUACAUGUAUUUAUAUUUUCUAAAGCAAUGUGAAUAUACUUUUGUCUUUUUAAGUUUUUGAAAGAAGGGGGAAGACACCGUGAACAAAAUACACCCAUUAGAGGUGAAAAAAUGCAUUUAGCAGAAAAAUAUUGUUAGAUGAAUAAUUCAUUUAUAUUUACAAAUGAAAAUGCAAUAUCUACCAUAUUUACACCAAUUAUUUAUGACCUGUACAGCUUUUGUGCAGUGUGAAAGGAAAGUUCAUAUCAUAAUACGUAUACAAUAAAAAGUGAAGUGUUAUGAAAA